UUCAAGAUAAACUUCUUCGCCAUGAAGAUUAUUUUAAAUUCGUCAUAGUUUCUCUUGUUUGCUUAGAACAUCUCGAAUUCUUUAACAUCGAUGUCCUUUAAAAAAAAUUGUGUAAAUUCAGUGGAAAAUGAAAAUAUUUCAUAUUAAAAACUCGCUCAAGGGAGGUAAGUGAAUAAAAGCUAGCCACGCUGCGUCAUAGUGUUCCUUUAUUAUUCACCAUUUGUUUUGCAUUUCUUACUCUAGAACGCAGAAUAACCAAUAACUGUCUUGCCAAUCUUGUCACAACACCUGCACUUAAGGUUUGUCCGACAAAGGUCUUGAUUAGCCUGCACAGUCUUGGUGUGGCACGUGCAUGAUCACAGGCCACGCUUGAUUGACAAGGAAGAAACAGAACUAGGCGUGACAGGCACCGUGUCAGCCACGUUGUAAGACAAGGUCUCUGACUCCUCUCUCUCCCCCGACACCUGCACUUGACGAACAUCAGUCAUGGUAUUCCCGGAAGUGACAUCUUGUGAACCCGGAUGUUACAAAUCACAGAUAUUCAUGAAGAUUGGUAAAGAUAGUAACUGAUUCAGAUUAGCUUUGAAAAAAAUAGAAAUUGCUGAUUAGGAAUAAAAUAUUAAUUGUGGUGCCCUGUGGCACUGUAUGCUAUUUUUGUUAUUAUUUACUUUAUUGUAACAUAUUCAGUACACUACGGACGUCUACUUUAUACAUAAACAAAUAAGUGCUAAUUAAUUAAAAUACGGAGUGUUGCAUUUUUGCAUUAGCUUCGCUUCAUCAUCUUUCUUCGUACAAUGUAAGGCAUACGUAACUCACAUAAAAACAUUUUCUUUGAGGUGUCCAGGAUUCAUGUGUGAUGUCCAAAAAAGCGGGAGUACUUGUUGAGGAGAAGGAGUCACCUGCCCCUUGGCGCCUCCGGGUAUUUCCUGGAGGCCAUCAAUACUGCAGCGUGCACUCAGCUGCACGGUAUAAAAGACAGGACUGGUCACAGUUCGUCAAGCAGGUGCUUCGAGACGUUUGGUGAAGCGUGCCAUCAGACAGUUUUACUUGAAGGUAAUGUUUGUAGUUAACCUCGUGACAUAGGUUUAGCUCCUAGGGUCAUCAUUCUUCAUUACAUUAACGAAUUGUUACUUUCUCUCUAUUGUAUUUACAAAUAUAGUCUGGACUUCAAUGUGUUUAGGAAUUAAAUUUUCAUUUAGACUUUUACUUCGCUGCAGUCACAAUCUUUCUGUGACUUAUACAUGUACUCGUACAGGUCCUAAAGAUCUAGUGAAGCAUACGAUAUUGCUACGAACUCAACUCAGUCAUUUGAAAAUACAAUUGUACCCCACUAGCAAUUUCAGCAAAGAGCUAUUUUAACCCUUCCAUAAGAAAGCACUGUUCUCAGCCCCCUUAUUCAAUCUUAAGUGCUUUUGCUGUUCAUUCCUAACACAUUCGUCUGACGUACGUAGGACACCUUCUGGGCAGACCUGUACCACGUGACACCAUGAGGUCUUUCCUGUGUCUCACUGUCUUUGUCAUUCUCGCGGUGACCCACACGCAAGGUCGAGGCUUCUAUCAUCGUUACAGACAACUUUCAGUGUCUGCGGCUAAAGGCUGUCACAGCCGUUCGGUGGGAGACUCGCUCAGCGUGUGUUACAAGCUCUUGACAAACGGGAGAGAAGCCAUCUUGCAGUGUCCUCUUGGCAAGCGCUACAACCCCUGGUCCUGCACCUGCGACAUCGCGUUCCCAAAUGAUCCCCGUCGCCCUGGGAGAUAUUUUUGUCCCCAGGGAGGAGCCAGAGCUACUGCCGUGGCGCAAGCUUUUGCAAACGCUGUCGCUGCAAGGCGAACCACGGCGAACGCUCUGGCCAGCGGCGUAGCGCAGACGAACGCCAAAAUGGCGGCUCGCACGAGGGAGGAUCAAACGCUUGCCAUAGCUCGGGCCAGGGCACAAGCCGCAGCACGGUCGGGCUUGACUCCACCCGGGAUCGUUAACACGGCCACUUCGCGAGCCCAAGCUCAGGCCAUCACGAGAUCUCUCGGGGUCUUGCCGACAAACGUCUCGAACAUCCGGGGUGGCAGAAACGGAAAUGCGCUAACACCAGCCAAUGGCAACGACGUGAGCUCGUCAGGACCUGUGUUCCAGCUGGAUGAUUUAGUCGAAGAUGGUUUUGAUGAUGUCUUUGAUGACUUAGCUGACGAUGACAGCGUUACACGUGACGACGAUCUCAACGAUAAUUUUGAAGAUUUUUUUGAUGACCUUUUUGACGCUGACAUCAAUGACGCGUCAGGAAAGAGGUUCCGACGCAGCCAAGAUGGUGAUUUUUAUGACGGUUUGCUAAAAGAUAUCUUCGACAACGACGGCUAUGACGACAUCUUCGACAACGAUAAAUACGCCGAUCUUUUUAAGACUGAUGACACAAGAGAUGAUGGAGCAGACAGAAACGAUGACAAUUUCGACCAAAGCUUUAGUCUCUAGCUUACUGAGACUGCGGUAGACGACCAUAACACUGAGGUUUUUCUUUAAAAGUAGAUCUCAUACAUUGUUUAUGAUUUAUAUCUGGUGUUGUUGAAACCGUCAAGCAAAAUUUUACAAGUGUACAGCUUACUGAAAUUUUUAAUAGUGGGGAAUGGAAAACAAAUUGUAGAUGCUGAAUUUUGAUUAAAGAAAAACUAAGCAUAAACUGACACUGUUGAUUGUAUUUAUCGUUUGGUUUGCCUUGUGGAUUAUGAAAAAUGUGUGAUUCCCGUAAAAGUAUCAGAGCUUUUUCGAAG